GAUGGCGUCGCUUUCCGGCUAAUGCCAAAAAAGUUUUAAAAUUCGUUCGUUGGGUGGGAGUGAAAAACAAAACAAACAUUUUUGUUGAAAUUAAUAUCUUGCAAAACACUCUAAUUUAUAUAAAGUUUAAAUUAGUGUAUUACACAUAAACAAGAACAUAUUUAAACCAACCAUGACAGAAUUUGUGACGCCGAUUAAGAAGAAGACAGUGGAGUCAGAAGUUGUUACCAUUCCUCCUUCUCCCUUUCUAAACAGACUUGGAUAUGGCACAGGCGUGAAUGUAAUGCAACUAGUUAGAUCGCCUAGAGCUGGUCAAAUGCGGUCUCCAUGGGCUCUAAAAAUGUUGAACAAGCGAGUAAAACCCUGCAAAGUGUACUCUGAGCGCUUGAAAGUGGAGGCGGACCUUUUACAGAAGAUGUCCCACCCGAACAUAGUUGGGUUCCGAGCGUUCAGUAAUAAUAAGAUCCUAUAUUUGGGCAUGGAGGCCUGUGACCUGUCUCUGGGAGACAUGAUUGAGAAGAGAGUGGAAGAUGACGGGGAGCCCUUUGCUCCUAAACAAAUUUUAAAGGUGGCUUUAGACAUUUCAGAGGCACUUGACUACCUCCACACGAAGAUACAGAUCUUACAUGGAGACAUGAAGUCGUACAACAUUCUUGUGAAUGGUGACUUUGUGAUCUGCAAACUGUGCGACUUCGGAGUCACCCUGCCACUUGAUGAGAACGGUGUCUUUGACAAGAAGAAAGCUGGGAAGAAGGCAGUUUACUUUGGCACUGAAGCAUGGAGUGCCCCAGAAGUGAUCCACGGUGGGCAGAUCACCACCAAAACAGACAUCUGGCCGCUCGGGCUCACGCUGUGGGAGAUGAUGGCGCUGAUGCCCCCGCACACGCAGGACGAGACCAUGGACGCUAGUGUGGUGGAGCUUAAUGACACGGAGGCCAGUAUGGAGGAAGAGGAUUACUUCUCUGAGAGAUAUGGGUGA